AUGUCCAAUGAAACCAAAGAUUUCUACAACUACCAAUUCCCUUCAUCCUUCUCUUUGUAUGAUAUGAUGAAUCUCCCCACUUCAGCUCCGUCUUCUUAUGGAAACAACGGUUUCGAUCUAUCUUCCUACUCCUUCACUGAUUGCCUCCAGAGCUCUCCAGGAGCGUACGACUCUCUACUGCAGAAAAAUUUUGGUCUUUCUCCUUCUUCUUCAGAGGUUUUCAACUCUUCGAUCGACCAAGAAUCAAAACGAGAUGUAUCUAAUGACGUUACCGGCGAGACUCCAACGAGGGUUUCUGCACCUUCUUCUUCUAGCGAGGCUGAUCAUCCUGGUGAGGAUUCCGGUAAAAGUCAGAUCAGGAAAAGAGAGUUAGCUGAAGAUGGAGGUGAAGAAAAUCAAAACUCCAAAAAAGUAGGGAAAACGAAAAAAAACGAAGAGAAGAAACAAAGAGAGCCACGAGUGUCGUUUAUGACUAAAAGCGAAGUUGAUCAUCUAGAAGAUGGUUAUAGAUGGAGAAAAUACGGCCAAAAGGCCGUCAAAAACAGCCCUUACCCAAGGAGUUACUAUAGAUGCACGACACAAAAAUGUAACGUGAAGAAACGAGUGGAGAGGUCGUUCCAAGAUCCAACGGUUGUGAUUACAACGUACGAGGGUCAACACAACCAUCCCAUUCCGACUAAUCUUCGGGGAAAUUCCGCGGCCGCUGCUAUGUACUCUGACUUCAUGACUCCGAGAAGCUUUACACAUGAUAUGUUUCGGACGGCUGCUUAUACUAGCGGUGGCUCUGUGGAGGGGGCUUUGGAUUAUGGAUACGGACAGAGUGGUUAUGGUAGUGUGAAUGCAAACCCUAAUUCUUCUCAUCAAAACUAUCACCAAGGAGGCGAAUAUGAGCUUUUGAAGGAAAUUCUUCCUUCCAUUUUCUUCAAGCAAGAGCAUUGA